AUGGCACCAAAUUCGGCAGCAAACGUCGUGGAAGUUGUUGCUCGUCCGACUACCGGGGUGGGGCUCCCACAUGAGUCUCCCAAGCUCUUGUCUUGGAAGUGGACCGUUGGUGAGCGAUGGUGGCACCGUUCAAAUUACACGGGUGCUCUCCUUUGCAACACCGCCGCCUUCAUCCUCCCAGCCCUCUACAGUACGCUUGUCAAGAUCUGGGUCGCGAAUAUUGACGCCUCCUUCGUUGUUACAACGGACGUCUACACCUACAUCGGCACAGUCGCAGAGGUCCUGAACGAGGGGCUGCCGCGCGCGGUAUGGGUCACCAUUGCAGAUAAGGAAGCACGAUCCUUAGAGUCGCGCCUGGGCCUAGCACAUACCCUGGUGAUAUUCCAAGCAUUCCUUGGACUGAUUCUCAGCAUCGUGUUCGCAGCUGCUGCUCGAGAAUUCUCAUCAGCGUUCGUCCCGCAUGAAGUGCGCGAAGCAAGUAUAGCAUAUGUGCGCAUCAGCGCCUUCUCAGCCUUCAGCUCUGCGAUCGAAAUCAGUAUUUCGAAUGCAACCCGCGCCCUCGAUAAGCCAGAUGUUCCGUUAGUAAUCAGUUCUAUCAAGGUUGCUGUCAAUAUCAUUUUGGACUUUCUGAUCAUAUCCAAAUUUCAUGUGGGCGGCUGGACGCCGGAUGUCAACAUGCAGGCUGGAAUCCGCCUGACCUGUGAUAUGGUCGCCGCUGUUUCUGGUCUUCUGUAUUUUUUCAUCACUACCAGUCUCAAGCGAAAUGGCCGUCGAUUGUGCUGGAGGAGCGAGGCACCGAACGUGCAUGCGUUCUUGGUGCUCCUCAAACCUGGGGCUAUCACAUUCAUUGAAUCGGCAAUCCGAAAUGCCUUAUAUCUUUGGCUUGUUGCUGGGGUAGUCGCCAUGUCCGCGGACUAUGCGACGGCAUGGGGGGUGUUUACAACAAUCCGGUGGGGUCUAAUCAUGGUACCAGUUCAGGCCUUGGAGGCGACUACUCUCACCUUCGUGGGCCAUUCUUGGGGACAGUUGAAGCAAAGAACCGACACUGAACGUUGGUCAUGGAUGGGCCUUUUCGUGGUCACUCGGCCAGCAGUUCUCUCGGUUAUGAUAGUUCUCGCAGUCGAAAUACCCUUACUGAUCUUUAUGUCGCUGUACGGCUGCGAAUCUUUCGCUUUCUGGCUGAGCCGAUCAGAGCCUGUGUCAAAUAUCGUCGCGCAUAUGUGGCGCACCAUCGACUGGUGCUACAUCCUAUAUGCGAUAUCAACCCAACUCGCCGCCAUUCUGCUAGCCACCCGGACCCCCUGGUACCUCGCGCAGUCCCUAUUUUCUAACAUCUUCUACGUUCUCCCCUGGGCAAUCGUGUGCCAAGUAGUUCAUCUAGAUUCCGACAACGCGUGGACAUACCACAGUCUGGUCUUUGGGGGCAGCUUGGUGUUCUCGUUUGUUGAGAUUUUGAUCUUUGACAUAGGUUGGGCGUGGAGGUUCACCAGGGGGAAGCUGGGUGUUAAUGCCGUUUGA